CCGCCGAUGUGGUCGGACGUGUGAUCUGUGCUUAUUUAUUGUGUACGCGAGUGCAAUUAUUACGAUGAGUGCAUUUAUCGAGUGUGAAUUGUGAGUGUUUCUGUGUCUUAUUUUUGGAUCCGGUGUUGCAUCUAACAUCAUCAGCAAAAUGCUGACGAUGCAGCAGUUUAUAAGCAUCACACUAAUCACCAUCACAGCGGACAUCGUUUCGGCUGAUGGAGACAUCAGGGAACACCAGGGUCCCCAGACAUGCGGGGGUCGGCUGAAAGGGCCUGUCGGCGUGAUCCAGACCCCACACUUCCCCAAUCCGUUUCCCGUCCCUAUCAAGUGCAAAUGGAUUAUCGAACAUGACAUUGUAAAUGGAACUAUAUCGAUUUACUUCACGCAGCAGUACACCACAAGUGGGUUGACGUUUACGGAGUACAUGUACUACGACGAAACGUAUAAGUUGGGUGAGAGGCAAGCCUUGAGUGUUACUGAAGAAAAUAUCACUAGGAUCAAAUGGUUACAGGUCCAAAGUCCAGUCUUGGUGGUGGAACUGAAUCUCGACAGGCUAGAAGGGACGCAGCUUCGGGCAUUGGGCUUAUUGUCAGUGUUUGGCUUCAACAUGACGUACGUGGUGAAGGGCCCAACCGACAUGCCUGGCCCCACGUCCUGCAGUGCCAUCGAGUGUCGUCUACUUGGGCAUUGCUACGCUAAACAUGAUUAUGAGGAAUUUUACUGCGCUUGUUUCGAAGGCUACUCUGGGACCGAUUGCGGCGUUGGGCCUUUGUGCCCGAGGACCCCCAACAUGUGCAAAAAUGGAGGGACCUGCAGACAAAUGGGCCCCGCGGCCGUGAGCUGCAUCUGUGCGCCUGGCUACACCGGGGACCUCUGCGAGUCGCUAAUUGCUGCUCCGGAGUGCGGUAUAGAAGAAUGUUCCGAGGGUUGUAAAAAGGGAACUUCUUGUGACUGUAAUCCGAAAGACACAGAUGUUUCAUCAGCGCGUUUUGAAACAAGACUACAAAUAAUGGACCAAGGAACUCAAAACAUAUCUGAAGAAAUCAUUAAACAGAUAACAAACUAUUUGAUGGCAUCUAAUAUAACUCUUCACGAUGAAAUAGAAAUAUUAAAUAUAAGUUCACCAGACAUAAAUAGCGCACGUACUGUCUGGCUACGUGUUUGGGGAGCACGCAGAGAAGCGGGCGCACUACGGACCGCACUUGCUCGCCUGGCUGCGACACGUACGCGCACCGACCGCCUGCGUCUCCUACCCGCUACGCUCCACUUCGAUAUGCAACCUGCUCUGAGUUUACAUGCAUUGAUCGUGAACCAACGGCCAGAAGUUUGGGAGGGGUCUGAGUUUAUUCUGAGCUGUAUGGCGUACGGAUCCCCCGAUAUUGAGUUUACUUGGUACAAGGACGGUAUCAAGGUGAACUUUAAUGGUACUACGAGAGAUAUCUGGACCCGAACCGUAGCAGAAGACGCCCUGGGGCGGCGCAUGUCUGUUUUGGGUGUAUCAGAAGCCAAGAAACCUGAUAGUGGACGAUGGUCCUGUUCUGCCGAUGACGCGGGUAGGAGAAGAUGCAGUGCUCUCAGACUGACCAUCUUACGUCCUCCUGGCAUAAGACUUGUGCCAUCCAGUCUCACUGUUACCAAGGGAGAUAAUGUAAGCAUCACAUGUUUGGCCGGCGCUGGUCGGGUCCACGGAACUCUCGGGUUCAGUUGGGCGCGGGAGAGAACAUUGCUCCGCCUGGAACCUGGAAGAGAGGUCUGGGAGGAUUUGUAUCCCGCCGGAAGUGUGCUCAAACUGUAUAACAUACAAAAAUCGAGCGAGUUUCGUUGCCAAGUGUCGUCAGUGGCUGGAAAAAACGCGAGGGGAGUAACGAUGUGGGCCCUCGGUCCCAAAGAUGAGGCCUGUGAAAGUGAGGCCUCACAUGGUCUGCGAUGGCCGAAGACAGCACCGGGGGCCCAUGCAUCUGCCACUUGCCCGCCUGGGCAUAAUGGAGAGUCUACAAGGUUUUGCGAGCCGAAGACAACUCAACACGGCGUGAAGUGGAUGCUUCCAGAUUUUUCUGGCUGCGUUUCCGAUUCGUUACGUGACAUAUAUGAACAGUUUAAUCGAAUAUCCUACGGGUACUCAUGGGACAAUGUCUCGAACGUAGCCCAUCAAUAUGGUGCGGUGCUGCGCUCUCUACCAGCUCAUCCUGGAGAAGGAACCCUACCUCUUCAACACACGAGGGAGAUGCUGCACUAUCUCCUUUCUUCUGCUGGAAAACCGAAAGACAGACACGACAGUGUCGAACACCUUCUGAUAAUAUACGACACCUUGCUAAAACAUCCUGACACGUUCUUAGAUGAGGAGAAAAUCUACGACCUCCAAAACGCGUUAGUAGAUACAGCCGCAAUGAGAGACAGCGUGGAUUACCACUUACAAGAGUUUUCAGUGAAGAGUAAACAAGUACGAGAAGACGGUGCAGCUCAUUUCAGCUUCAUACCGACAGCCAGCUCCGAUGAAUGGUUACUAACAUCAGCUGGUGUGGAGUUAGUGGCGAGAAAUGGGAACUCUUCAGUGGUCGCUGUUCAAUACCAUAACUUGGCUGCCAGACUGCCUUCGUUGAGAAGAUCUAUAGAGUUCAAGGGCGGUCGCGAGCUCGAGUAUCGGCUGGCGUCGGCACAGGUGCAGCUGACUGCGAGUCAAGUGGACACCUCACUGCAGCACACCGUCACACUGUUAUUUGUACACUCCAGGAACUAUACAGCUAUAGCUUCCAAACUUGCAUGUGGACUACGCACAUCUUCAGAACCUAGAACGUGGAUCAUCAAGUCCUGUGAAGUCCGGAUACCCGAACCAACCUACGUGGCUUGUCGAUGCCGAGGGUUGGGCACCUACGCUCUAUUUACUAUCGCCAGAUCUACCCUUACGGACGCUGAGAAAGAUUUGCGAGGAGUGGUCAAGAUUACAGUGGGCUUGGGCGGCGCAAUGUGCCUUGCUGCAGCCGCUCUACAACUGUUGAGUUUGGUGCCGGGGAGAAGGGCGAGGCUGCCUGUUUUCAUGAAAGCAGCAACAGCGGGCACGCAUUCUGCUGCCAUGCUCACUCUUUUAGAGUGCGAUACGAGACAGGAAGAAGCGUGUCCAGGCGCAUUGGGCUGGGUUUGCGCAGCUUGUUGGUGCGCGGGCUGUGCGGCUUUAUGUGCUCAACCGUUGCUGCUACAAGCCGAACUAGCUGGACGUGCGCAACGCGCACCCUCCGUUGGUCUUCUUGCAGGGGUGUGUACACUGGCGUGGUUAACCGCGCGGCUCUGGGGCGGUGCACCGCUACAAAUAGGUUCCGCGGCGCAAGCGGUGUGCGCUGCGGGCUGCGCUAUGCUUACUGUGCUGUGCUUCGCGCUGGCUGUGUGUGCAACUCUGAGGCUGCGGACGAUAACGCACAAAGUGCCCGUCGAAAGACGCACUUAUUUAAAGGAAAGAAGCCGCGUAGUGCGGCACACACUGCUGGUUUUGGGUACCACGACGGCCGCGCAGGCGGCAGGCGUGUGGUGGGCGCAGCCCGGUUUGCGGACACUGCCGCAAGUCAUCGUGCUAUCCGCUGCGGCGCUUGCUAAUGGUUUGGCGAUGCUCGUAUGCUACGUCAUCCGUGACGAAGAAUGCUUGCAGUCAGCACGAAGAGUACUUUCCUUGCCAUCGCAUCGCGACUGGCAGGAUUCGCCGGUCGGAGAUACUUCACUAAGUUUGUACAUCAAGCAAGGCGGAGAGGUGGAGAGCCGCGGAGGUGUCGGCGUGAUGGAAACCGCCUCUUCACCAUCUCCCAUCUCCCCGGUCACAUCCUACUGGCGCGCACCUCGCCUUGAAAGCCCUGCUAAGAUGCACAGGAGACAGUCAACACCAGACAGCCGUGCAGACAUAGUCCGAUGCGUCGAAUACAGAGACUCUUUAUUGAGUCCUCAUAGAUUUGACCCCCACCGAAUAACCACCACGCACGCGGUCUGCGACCUCAUACCGCACGCCGAUCACCACACGUCGCCCCUUCUGCCCCAGCCUGAAUACAUGGCCAGAGUCUGCUUAGAGCUAGGCGUACUAAAAACACCUCCCUCAGAAAAACCAUCCCCUCUUCUCACAUGCUCCGUUGAUUUCGAGCCCUACACAGACAAACAUUUCGACACAUCCAAAGAAGCGUGCUCAAUCUGCGUGCAAUCUAAUCCAGAUGUUUCCAAACUCACCUCCCCUCCGAUAAAAAGUUGCUUGAAAAAGACUAAGAAAGAGUUCAGUUCGAGCAUAUCUCUCCCGUCCAUGGAAGUCAAAGAAGAGCAUAAAUCAAAAUCCGACAUCGAUCAAGUCAACAGAGAGUGGAAUAAGGCCUACGAUUCUCCGGAAACGGAUCGUAUGCUGAACAAAAUAUCGAACGACCUAGAUUUCUUACUUAACAGGACUCAAGAAAAAAGUGUGCCCGACCAAAUAGAAGAGGCUCCCACUUAAAAAUACCGAAGUGAAUCUAGUUUAAAUCAUAUGGAAACAGGGGUGCAACAUGCCAAAUAGUAUAAUGUGUACAUAAUAUUUUAUAUCUAUCUUCCACCAAACUUUUGUAAUGUAAUGCAAGCCAAAACAUUGCGAAAUUAAUAGCGUGAGAUUUGUGUCAAAUAUGUG